AUGUCCCCGCAGAUAUGCCGAACCAGACCCGACAGAGUGAAUAAUCCGGGGAAGAUGGUGCUUCUGGAAACCUCCGGCGCUUUCGCCACGAUACCUAAUAGUUAUCUAAACCAAUACUGGGAUAGAGUCAAUAUGAGUCGCACCCUCCCACUGAUACCGCUACCGUCAUCGCUUGUGCUCCUUCCUGGCGUCACCACCCGGAUACCACUACAGAAUAGGUCUGACGUGGCCGCGUUGCUAGCCAAUAUAUAUAGCAAAGCAUCUACACCACGCCCAGAUCCAUCAACCAUCACAGUCGGCUGUGUUCCGCUCAACAGCUCAUACCUGUCAUCUGAUGGUAAGCAGCUCAUCGAAAAUGGCGACAAAGACAAGAAGAAGUCCGCCACCAUUCAGACGGACCCCGGAAUGGCGCGCAAACCGGAUCUGUUCCAGUAUGGUACUCUCGCGAGAGUGACCGGAGUUCAAGGUCGACGACAGGGUGAAUUGAUGCUUGUCGUCGAAGGCGUCAGCAGGUUCAAGAUCGACAAGAUCACCCGUGACCGACCUUACUUUGAGGCGAAGGUCAUGUUGCAUCAGGAAGCUGCUAUCCGUACAGACGAUGCAGAAAUUGCAGAACUGUUCGGCCAGCUCAAGCAACUUAGUCGUGAGCUCAUUGCCCUUAUCCGACUAUCUGCGCUUUUGCCUCGUGGGCCUAAUAUGUCACUAUCGCCCAUCCUUGCUCGGCGUCUGGAACUCUAUAUCGUUCGGAAAGAUAUGCAGGAAGCUGGCGUUCUGGCCGAUUUUAUGACCAACAUCGUUGAUUGUACACAAGAAGACAAGCUGCGAAUCCUAUCUGCUCUGCCGAUCAAGGACCGUCUUGAGCGCAUCGUCGAUGUACUGCAGCGCUCGAUUGGUAGCAUACAAGGUAGUAGCCGGAUCAUGUCGAUCACUACGACUGUACCUCAAAACAGUGUCGUCGACCAGGAGAUCCUUAACAGAUUACGACAGGAUCCACAAAUGCGAGGCCUGGGUAAUGGGCAGAUGCCGCCCGGUAUGGGCGGCGCAGCUGGUGCCGGCGGGCAAGGCGAGGAAGAAGCCAAUGAAGUAGAAGAGCUCAAGAAGAGACUUGACGAUGCCAAGCUCACACCGGAAGCGCAGAAAGUGGCAGAUCGGGAGCUGAAGCGUUUGGCGAAGAUGAAUCCUGCUCAGGCCGAGCAUCAAGUCAUAAGGAAUUAUCUGGAAAACCUGUCCGAGAUACCUUGGACGAAGAUGACAGAGGACAAUCUUGAUGCGGCUACGUUGAGCAAAGCACGACAACAAUUGGACGAUGAUCACUACGGGCUUGAUAAGAUCAAGAAGAGGUUGCUGGAGUAUCUAGCUGUUCUGAAGCUCAAGCAGGCAGUCAAUUUAGAUCUCGAGAGGCAGAUCCAUGCUAUUACUGAAGCUGCACGGCCGAAGGAGGAGUUGCAUGAGGAGGCAGACACAUCGGCAGAGGAGGGUGUGGCUCCUACGACAAAGACGGAACUCAAACCACGAGAACAGACGCCCGAAGAGGUGAAGAUACUGAAGCAUAAGAAGAUGGUGGACAAGUCGCCGAUCCUGUUGCUUGUUGGCCCGCCUGGUACUGGCAAGACUUCUCUGGCCAAAUCUGUUGCGACAGCUCUGGGACGAGAGUUUCACAGGAUAUCGCUAGGUGGUGUACGAGAUGAAGCUGAGAUCCGUGGUCACCGAAGAACAUACGUUGCUGCUAUGCCUGGCUUGAUUGUCAACGGUCUGAAAAAGGUCGGUGUCGCCAAUCCUGUCUUCCUACUCGAUGAGAUUGACAAGGUUGGCACAUCAUCUCAUCAUGGCGACCCUUCGGCUGCUAUGCUGGAGGUCUUGGAUCCAGAGCAGAAUCACACAUUCGUCGACCACUACGUCAACAUCCCCAUCGAUCUCAGCAAAGUCCUCUUCAUCGCUACAGCCAAUACUCUCGACACAAUACCUGCACCGCUUUUAGACAGAAUGGAAACCAUCCAACUAUCAGGCUACACCACCAUCGAGAAACGACAGAUCGCGACGCGCCAUCUCAUACCCAAGCAAAUCACAACCAAUGGCCUCCGUCCAGAGAAUGUCGACAUGACGGAUGAUGUGAUCGAGAGGGUUAUCACAGGCUACACCCGCGAAUCCGGCGUCCGUAAUCUGGAGCGCGAGAUAGGCAGCGUCUGUCGUUCAAAAGCAGUCCAGUACGCCGAAGCGCGAGAUACCAAUACUCUACCCGCCUACACCCCCGUCGUCACAGCAGACGAUUUGGAAGACAUGCUAGGCAUCGAGCGGUUCGAAGAGGAACUCGCAGCUCGCACUGCCCAGCCUGGCGUCGUUACUGGAUUGGUAGCAUACAGCUCAGGCAUGCAAGGCAGCAUCCUCUUCAUCGAGAUCGCCGAUAUGCCUGGUUCCGGGCGCGUCCAACUCACAGGCAAGCUUGGCGAUGUGCUGAAGGAAUCUGUGGAAGUGGCUUUGACGUGGGUCAAAAGUCAUGCUUACGAGCUAGCAUUGACCCAUGAUCCGAACGAAGACAUCAUGAAAUCCCGCUCCAUCCAUGUGCACUGCCCAUCUGGCGCGAUUCCCAAAGACGGUCCCUCCGCCGGCCUCGCACACACCGUCGCACUCAUCUCGCUCUUCUUAGGCAAAUCUGUUCCACCUAACAUCGCUAUGACUGGCGAAGUAGCUCUACGUGGAAAGGUCAUGCCGGUAGGCGGGAUCAAGGAGAAACUGAUUGGGGCCCUGCGGGCGGGUGUGAAGAAGGUUUUGCUCCCGCAGCAGAAUCGCAAAGAUGUCAAGGACUUGCCUAUGGAGGUUACGGAGGGCUUGGAAAUUGUGCUUGUGGGACAUAUUUGGGAGGCAUUACCGCUGAUAUGGCCCGAUGCGCAGUGGCCGAGUCAGCAGAGGGGGUGGAGUGGGGUUGAUAGUCGGUUGUAA